ACUCUAUCUGUCUGCUUCUAGGAAGAAAUGUGCGGCUGUGUGACAGACACGUGGGUCAGACACUGAAGUUUUACUCUUGUCUGUUGUCGUGUUAAUUUGUGUUUAUAUGCAGCGAGCCAGAGGCAUGUGGUAGUCAAGUGGAAAUAGCAUGGACUGGUGACUCUGUGGGGAAACUUUACGACACGACUCCAACACCACAGCAGGCACAUGCAUGCUGAGGCUUAGUCAACCUGGAUUUUUCAGUGCCAUAGUGAGAAAACCACAAGAGUCAUGCCUUCACAUCGCAGGGGAAGAAGCCUCUCUGAAGCCCUGACCUUGGAGCAGUUAGAGGAGGGAAGGGUGGUCAUUUCCAGUAUCAACAAUGUCUCCUCCGACAACGGACUAAAGGAAGGGGAUGAAAUUCUGGGUGCAACAAUCAAUUUUGAUCAACUGUCCAAAGAAGAGGUGUUAAAAGUACUGAAGCUGAUGGAGCCAUUUGAUGAUAAAGUUCAAGUCCUUACUCGAAGCAACCGGAGCAAGAGCCUUGACAAUCUGGACCAGUGUGCCAAGGGUCCUGAGGCUAUGCUGACGGAUUCCUACAGCAAACUGUACAACACCAAAAUCAAGAAGUUUUUGAUGGAUGAUGUACCCAGUGUUGAAGGGGGCUACGUGAAUGGGGAGGUUACUGCCAAACCACCUGUACAAAGCUCAUCCAAGGUCAACCUAAGAAAUGACAUGGGGCUGCCUCGCCUUGGAGUUGACUUUGGACUUCUGAAAUCCAAGACUUUAAUUGCAGGUGCUAAUGCUGAUUCACACUCUUACGAGGGAAGCUUAACAGAUGGCAGCAAUCUGAAUCUUCCACCGCUAGGUCUUGGCUUGAAUGGGACUAAUCUAAGUGAAGCUCAGAUCCCAAGAUUCAAAAUCGGUGCCAGAUGUCCAGAUCUAGACUUACCAGAAGAUCCAAAUGUCAGCACUACAUCUUGUAUGCAAUUGCCAAAUACUGACCACCCAUCAUUUGACAAUGCAAUGCAAAAUCUUGAAAAUCCUCAAAUUGGACUUGAAGUUCCAGAAGUAGAUGUAGGCCUAAAAGGUUCAAACAUUACUACCCCUGAAAUGGGGAUAGACCUUGAUGGCAGAAGUUUCAGUGGUCCAUCUGUUAAUUCCAGCAUUCCCAAAGUGGCCAUUGAAGGAAGAAACCAGGAAUUCAAAAUGCCUACAUUUAAACUGCCAGGUCUGGGCCUCUCAGGAUCUUCUUUUAGUGGUCCAGAAUGUGGCGUUAAGCAUGAAGACACACCAGAGAAACUCAGUCUAAAGUAUUCCAAGAGACUGAAAAACCCAGAUCUAAAUUUAGAUGAUUCUUCUAGUUAUGUAAAAUCACCCAAGCUUAGGCUGUCUGGGAUAUCACCUGAUUCGGAGCAAGGAAUGUUGGGUAUUAAUGUAUCAAAACCAGAUAUCAGUGGGACAGACACUGACAUACCUUUAGGUGAAAUCAAGAUGUCACACAAGAAACCAAGGAUUUCUCUUAAAUCUCCUGAUUUAGAUUUGGACGCUCAAUCUGGUAUGCUCAAAAGUGACGCUGAUGUUAAAACACCAGACCUAAGAUUGACAACAUCAAAACUAAAAGGUGGCAUGUCUGGACCUGAUGCAAACAUUCCCAAAGCUGACCUUAAGGGUCACAAUUGGGCCACUGAUGGUCCAUCAGUUAGUAUUAAAGGUCCAUCUGGAAAAUACAAGGCUCCAAAGUUUAGAAUGCCCAAAUUUGACUUACCAGUCAUUCAGGUUCCUGGUUUGAAUGGAGAUUUGGAUGGACCCGAUGGACAGCUUUCAGGUACACUGCCUAAAGGGCCAAAUUUAAAACUAAAUGCACCUGACAUAAAUGUUCCAAAUGUUGACCUCAAAGCACCAAAACUAAAAAUGAAUGCACCGAAUGCCAACUUAGACUUUCCAUCAGGCGAUCUCAAAAUGCCAGAACUUGAUGGUCCAGAUUGGGAUGUUAAUGCUCCUUCUGGGAAAUUAAAAAUGCCUAAAUUUAAUCUGUCAGGGACACUGCCUAAAGGACCAAAUUUGGACCUGAACACAGAUCUGAAGUCACCAGAUCUAAAUCCAAAAGCUCCAAAGAUAAAGGGCGGAAUUGAUGCCCCUGAUUUGGACUUACCAGACGUGGGUCUUAAAGCUCCCAAAUUAGAUAUGAACACUCCAGAUGUCAACAUUGGCUCACCAAAAGGGAAGCUGAAAUUCCCCAAAAUGAAAAUGCCUAAAUUCAACCUUCCAAGCCUUAAAGGUCCUGAAAUUGAUGGCAACUUGGAUGUUCCAAACAUAAAUACACCCAAUGUCAACCUCAAAGGUCCUAAAGGUGAUCUUGAUCUAGAUAUUUCUGGUCCAUCUGGCAAGUUUAAAAAGCCAAACCUGAAUCUGCCUGAUUUAGGUCUUUCUGGUCCAAAGUUAGAAGGCCCUAACUUGGACCUCAAAACACCUGACCUAGAUAUCUCUGGUCCCAACCUCAGUGGUGGAAUAAAUGCACCUGACAUAAACAUGCCAAACAUUGAUCUCAAAGCCCCAAAGCUGAAACUGGAUAAACCAAAUGCCAACUUGGACUUGCCAUCGGCUAAAGUUAAAAUGCCAAAACUUGAUGGUCCAGAUUGGGAUGUGAAUGCUCCUUCUGGGAAAUUAAAGAUGCCUAAAUUUAAUCUGUCAGGGACCCUGCCUAAAGGACCAAAUUUGGACCUAAACACAGAUCUGAAGUCACCAGAUCUUAAUCUGAAAGCUCCAAAGAUAAAGGGCGGAAUUGACGCCCCUGAUUUGGACUUACCAGACGUGGGUCUUAAAGCUCCCAAAUUAGAUAUGAACACUCCAGAUGUCAACAUUGGGUCAACAAAAGGGAAGCUGAAAUUCCCCAAAAUGAAAAUGCCUAAAUUCAACCUUCCAAGCCUUAAAGGUCCUGAAAUUGAUGGCAACUUGGAUGGUCCAGAUGUGGACAUAGAUGCACCCAAUGUCAACCUCAAAGCUCCCAAAACGGAUCUUGAUCUAGAUAUUUCUGGUCCAUCUGGCAAGUUUAAAAAGCCAAAUCUGAAUCUGCCUGAUUUAGGUCUUUCCAGUCCAAAAUUAGAAGGCCCUAACUUGGACCUUAAAACACCUGACCUAGAUAUCUCUGGUCCCAACCUUAGCGGUGGAAUAAAUGCACCUGACAUAAACAUGCCAAACAUUGACCUCAAAGCCCCAAAGUUGAAACUGGAUAAACCAAAUGCCAACUUGGACUUGCCAUCAGGUAAAGUUAAAAUGCCAAAACUUGAUGGUCCAGAUUGGGAUGUGAAUGCUCCUUCUGGGAAAUUAAAGAUGCCUAAAUUUAAUCUGUCAGGGACCCUGCCUAAAGGACCAAAUUUGGACCUAAACACAGAUCUGAAGUCACCAGAUCUUAAUCUAAAAGCUCCAAAGAUAAAGGGCGGAAUUGAUGCACCUGAUAUGGACUUACCAGACAUGGAUCUUAAAGCUCCCAAAUUAGAUAUGAACACUCCAGAUGUCAACAUUGGCUCACCAAAAGGGAAGCUGAAAUUCCCCAAAAUGAAAAUGCCUAAAUUCAACCUUCCAAGCCUUAAAGGUCCUGAAAUUGAUGGCAACUUGGAUGUUCCAAACAUAAAUACACCCAAUGUCAACCUCAAAGGUCCUAAAGGUGAUCUUGAUCUAGAUAUUUCUGGUCCAUCUGGCAAGUUUAAAAAGCCAAACCUGAAUCUGCCUGAUUUAGGUCUUUCCGGUCCAAAGUUAGAAGGCCCUAACUUGGACCUUAAAACACCUGACCUAGAUAUCUCUGGUCCCAACCUUAGCGGUGGAAUAAAUGCACCUGACAUAAACAUGCCAAACAUUGACCUCAAAGCCCCAAAGUUGAAACUGGAUAAACCAAAUGCCAACUUGGACUUGCCAUCAGGUAAAGUUAAAAUGCCAAAACUUGAUGGUCCAGAUUGGGAUGUGAAUGCUCCUUCUGGGAAAUUAAAGAUGCCUAAAUUUAAUCUGUCAGGGACCCUGCCUAAAGGACCAAAUUUGGACCUAAACACAGAUCUGAAGUCACCAGAUCUUAAUCUAAAAGCUCCAAAGAUAAAGGGCGGAAUUGAUGCACCUGAUAUGGACUUACCAGACAUGGGUCUUAAAGCUCCCAAAUUAGAUAUGAACACUCCAGAUGUCAACAUUGGCUCACCAAAAGGGAAGCUGAAAUUCCCCAAAAUGAAAAUGCCUAAAUUCAACCUUCCAAGCCUUAAAGGACCUGAGUUUGAUGGCAAGUUGGAUGGUCCAGAUGUGGACAUAAAUGCACCCAAUGUCAACCUCAAAGCUCCCAAAGCGGAUCUUGAUCUAGAUAUUUCUGGUCCAUCUGGCAAGUUUAAAAAGCCAAACCUGAAUCUGCCUGAUUUGGGGCUUUCCGGUCCAAAAUUAGAAGGCCCUAACUUGGACCUCAAAACACCUGACCUAGAUAUCUCUGGUCCCAACCUCAGUGGUGGAAUAAAUGCACCUGACAUAAACAUGCCAAACAUUGACCUCAAAGCCCCAAAGCUGAAACUGGAUAAACCAAAUGCCAACUUGGACUUGCCAUCAGGUAAAGUUAAAAUGCCAAAACUUGAUGGUCCAGAUUGGGAUGUGAAUGCUCCUUCGGGAAAAUUAAAAAUGCCUAAAUUUAAUCUGUCAGGGACACUGCCUAAAGGACCAAAUUUGGACCUAAACACAGAUCUGAAGUCACCAGAUCUUAAUCUAAAAGCUCCAAAGAUAAAGGGCGGAAUUGAUGCCCCUGAUUUGGACUUACCAGACAUGGGUCUUAAAGCUCCCAAAUUAGAUAUGAACACUCCAGAUGUCAACAUUGGGUCAACAAAAGGGAAGCUGAAAUUCCCCAAAAUGAAAAUGCCUAAAUUCAACCUUCCAAGCCUUAAAAGUCCUGAAAUUGAUGGCAAGUUGGAUGUUCCAAACAUAAAUACACCCAAUGUCAACCUCAAAGGUCCUAAAGGUGAUCUUGAUCUAGAUAUUUCUGGUCCAUCUGGCAAGUUUAAAAAGCCAAACCUGAAUCUGCCUGAUUUAGGUCUUUCUGGUCCAAAGUUAGAAGGCCCUAACUUGGACCUUAAAACACCUGACCUAGAUAUCUCUGGUCCCAACCUUAGCGGUGGAAUAAAUGCACCUGACAUAAACAUGCCAAACAUUGAUCUCAAAGCCCCAAAGCUGAAACUGGAUAAACCAAAUGCCAACUUGGACUUGCCAUCAGGUAAAGUUAAAAUGCCAAAACUUGAUGGUCCAGAUUGGGAUGUGAAUGCUCCUUCGGGAAAAUUAAAAAUGCCUAAAUUUAAUCUGUCAGGGACCCUGCCUAAAGGACCAAAUUUGGACCUAAACACAGAUCUGAAGUCACCAGAUCUUAAUCUAAAAGCUCCAAAGAUAAAGGGCGGAAUUGAUGCCCCUGAUUUGGACUUACCAGACAUGGGUCUUAAAGCUCCCAAAUUAGAUAUGAACACUCCAGAUGUCAACAUUGGGUCAACAAAAGGGAAGCUGAAAUUCCCCAAAAUGAAAAUGCCUAAAUUCAACCUUCCAAGCCUUAAAAGUCCUGAAAUUGAUGGCAACUUGGAUGUUCCAAACAUAAAUACACCCAAUGUCAACCUCAAAGGUCCUAAAGGUGAUCUUGAUCUAGAUAUUUCUGGUCCAUCUGGCAAGUUUAAAAAGCCAAACCUGAAUCUGCCUGAUUUAGGUCUUUCUGGUCCAAAGUUAGAAGGCCCUAACUUGGACCUUAAAACACCUGACCUAGAUAUCUCUGGUCCCAACCUUAGCGGUGGAAUAAAUGCACCUGACAUAAACAUGCCAAACAUUGACCUCAAAGCCCCAAAGCUGAAACUGGAUAAACCAAAUGCCAACUUGGACUUGCCAUCGGCUAAAGUUAAAAUGCCAAAACUUGAUGGUCCAGAUUGGGAUGUGAAUGCUCCUUCUGGGAAAUUAAAGAUGCCUAAAUUUAAUCUGUCAGGGACCCUGCCUAAAGGACCAAAUUUGGACCUAAACACAGAUCUGAAGUCACCAGAUCUUAAUCUAAAAGCUCCAAAGAUAAAGGGCGGAAUUGAUGCACCUGAUAUGGACUUACCAGACAUGGAUCUUAAAGCUCCCAAAUUAGAUAUGAACACUCCAGAUGUCAACAUUGGCUCACCAAAAGGGAAGCUGAAAUUCCCCAAAAUGAAAAUGCCUAAAUUCAACCUUCCAAGCCUUAAAGGUCCUGAAAUUGAUGGCAACUUGGAUGGUCCAGAUGUGGACAUAAAUGCACCCAAUGUCAACCUCAAAGCUCCCAAAGCGGAUCUUGAUCUAGAUAUUUCUGGUCCAUCUGGCAAGUUUAAAAAGCCAAACCUGAAUCUGCCUGAUUUGGGGCUUUCCGGUCCAAAAUUAGAAGGCCCUAACUUGGACCUUAAAACACCUGACCUAGAUAUCUCUGGUCCCAACUUCAGUGGUGGAAUAAAUGCACCUGACAUAAACAUGCCAAACAUUGACCUCAAAGCCCCAAAGCUGAAACUGGAUAAACCAAAUGCCAACUUGGACUUGCCAUCAGGUAAAGUUAAAAUGCCAAAACUUGAUGGUCCAGAUUGGGAUGUGAAUGCUCCUUCUGGGAAAUUAAAAAUGCCUAAAUUUAAUCUGUCAGGGACCCUGCCUAAAGGACCAAAUUUGGACCUAAACACAGAACUGAAGUCGCCAGAUGUUAAUCUAAAAGCUCCAAAGAUAAAGGGUGGAAUUGAUGCCCCUGAUUUGGACUUUCCAGACAUAGAUCUUAAAGCUCCCAAAUUAGAUAUGAACACUCCAUAUGUCAACACUGGCACACCAAAAGGGAAGCUGAAAAUGCCAAAACUGAAAAUGUCUAAGAGUAAUCUACCAAAUCUUAAAGGACCUGAGUUUGAUGGCACUUUUGACGGCUCCAACAUUGACCUCAGGGCACCAAAUGCUAAUUUCAAAGGUUCCAAAACUGGCUUAGAAAUGCCUGAUGUUGAUUUUGGUAGCCCAUCAGGAAAGUUAAAAUCUCCAAAUUUAAAAUUACCUGAUGUGGGAUUUUCUCGACCAAAAUUAGAUGUGCCAGACUUUGAACAAAAUGUGAAAGUCAAAGGUCCAAAAGUGAAAGGUGGACUUGAUGCCCCUAGUCUACCUUCAUCAAAUAUAGACUUUAAAGGUUCUAAAAAUGGUUUUGAAUUCCCUGAUGUUGACUUUGGUAGCCCUUCAGGGAAAUUUAAAACACCACAUCUGACAAUGUCUGAUUUGGGAUUUUCUGCACCAAAAACAGAUCUCCCAAAUGUUGAUCUCAAUUCACCAGAUGUCAGAGCUAAAGUACCAAAAGGCCCAAAUUUGAAAUUAAAUACAAAUCUAAAAACUCCAGAUCUGAAUCGCAAUGCUCCAAAGAUGAAAGGUGUACUUGAUGUGCCUAAGGUAGACUUACCAAACAUGGAUCUCAAAGCUCCCAACUUGGAAAUGGACACUGCAGAUGUUGACAUUGGUUUGCCUGAGGCAACUUUAGAUGUUACUGGUGCAAAAGGAAAAUUUAAAAUCCCAAGUUUAAAUACACCAGAUCUCAGUAUCUCUGGACCUCAGGCAAAAACACCACAUAUGAGACUUUCUGGACCUGGCGUUAGUAUGUCUGAUUUCAGUUUACCUGAUGCCAAUUUCAAGAGUCCCAAGCUCAAUACAAAACACCCUGAUGUAGGGAUAAAUGGUAACAUGGGACAACCUGGGAUGAACUUUAAUGUCUCUCAGUUAAGAGGCAUAAGAGGUCCAGAUGUUGACACAAAUAUUCCCUUAGGAAACAUCCGUGGCCCUCAUGCUGAUCUUGAUUUAGACAGAAAAUUAAAACAACCAUAUUUCAAGCCGCUUCAGUUUAGAAGCCCAGAUUUACAUCAAGCAUCUGAUAUUGACUUUGGUGGAGCUUUGAGACCAACAAAUCUUGAUAUUAAUCCUCCAAAUGCAAAACUGAAUAUGAAACAACCCCAGAUGAAGGGACAUAUAUCAAGCCCAAGGGUUAGUGCUCCAAACAUGAACCUCAACAUGCCCAAAGUUGCAAUGCACCCUCCACAGUAUCAUCUGAGAUCUCCAGGUCUUAGUAUUGAUGAUCCUUCAUUGUAUUUCCAAACACCUUCACAUAAACAUCACACACAAGAUAUGUCAAAUUUGACCAUGAAACUUCCUGACCUGGACAUAGAUGGUGAUAUCAGACUUCGUAAUACUGAUAGAAAGUCCACUAGAACCAAAGUAAGAUCCAGCUUCCCUGGAAUGGAUGGCGUUUUAGACCAACAUAUUGAUUUAAAUCAUUCAGAUCUCAAUAUUGACGACUUUACAGGAAAACAUCAUGUGCUUAGAGCCAGAGGUUCCAACCUUAAUCUCCAGGCUCCACACAGCCAUGGACACGCAAUCUCCCCGUCUGGAGUUAACACUGGCAUGAGGGACCCCAGAAGAAUCCCAUCUGGCCAUAUCAAACACAAUACACGUUUGCCACAAUUUUCUCCAGAUUCAAGAAUGAGAGCAUCUAACACUUCAGAUGGACACUAUGUGACUGUUUUUCCCAAUCAAGCACGAAAUCAAAAGAUGCCAAAUCGUAAAUAUAACACACUUGGAGGGCUUGACUUUCAUCCAGGAAACUUGGACCUUGAAGUUCCCAAUGAACAUGACCUAAGAGGGUCAACGUUCUUUUUCUCCAACCUUGUAUAGCUUUCAAAGGACUUGUGUUUCCACUUUUAGUGUGCUUUUUGUAUGUAGUUAUAUGUUUUAUGUAUCUAUGUAUAUGUGUGUAUGUAUGUGUAUAUAUAUAUAUGUAUAUAUAUAUAUAUAUAUGUCGUGGCUUUGCAGUGAUGUUACCUAGAUUACAGUGCAGCAUUAUUGCACUUAUUUUAUUAAAUGUAGUAGAACUGCUUUUUGUAUCAUAAAUGUUUUUAUAUUUUUUAUUUUUUUUAACAGUUAUUAUUUACAUUUUCUCUAACUAUCAUAUUAAAGGAAUAAAGGAAAUAUGUGGACUUGUGGGAUCCUAUAGGGUACUUUUACAAGAUUAAAUGAAUACAUUUUCUUUAGAUACUAUAUUUUUAAAUGCUAUCAAUUGAAUUGUACAGUAUUCAAAGUUGUAUAUAUAUGUAUUAUCAUUCUGGUUCUUGUGGCUGUUCAUUGUGUCUAUUAUACAUGUAUAUACUGGAGUUUAUUAAAAACCAUUCUUAUUUCAACCAAA